AUGGCUUCCCAUCCCCAGAGGAUAGAGCUCAAAAUCUUCAUCCUCUCCAUCAAGGCCCCCCACGGCCUUGUCCCUUCCUCCCUCUCCUGGAGUGUCAGCCUAGAUUGUGAGCUCAGUGUCCUGACAUGGAAGAGAUUCACAGUCAGUGGCCCGGCCCUCCCUGUCCCAGCCAUUGCUGGUUCAGAUGUUGUCCUGGACUGUAAGUGUUCCAUAGAUCUGCCACGAGAGGGUGUGGAGGUGAGAUGGUUCAGGACAAGAUUCGAAUCCCCUGUGCACUUAUACAAGGACGGUCUUCAUCAAUUGAGGAAACAGGAUGAAGCCUACAGACACAGAACACAACUGUUUGUGGAGGAGUUUAUCAAUGGUGAUGUGUCUCUCAGACUGAGAGAUGUGCGGGUGUCAGAUAACGGAGAGUACACAUGUUUUGUUGACUACGCCGGAUCAUAUCAAGAUGCACUGAUAGAGUUGAAAGUUAUAGGCCUUGGCAGUCAGCCUUGGAUUCACGUUGAUGGGCAGCACAGUGAUGGUGUGAGGCUGCGGUGUGAAUCCAGUGGAUGGUUCCCAGCACCAGAGGUUCUGUGGUUUGAUGAUCAGGGAAACAACUUAACAACACUCGGUAACUGGACGGUCAGAGAGGAUUCUAAAGGUCUCUACAGUGUUAAAGGCCAAAUAGAAAUAAUCCAUUCAACCAACAAGAUCAGGUGUCUGAUUCACAAUGAAGAAAAUGAACAAGAAGGAAAACUCCAAAUCUCAGACGAGUUCUUUCCCAAAGUGCCAGUGGGUUUGGUGGUUUCCUCACUGCUCUUAGGACUUGCCAUAAUGGUGCUGAGUGUUCUUGUCGGCUAUUGUGUAAAACAGCGCAGAAACAUAACAGAUCUUCAGAUAAGACUGGAGAGGAGAAAGUUCACCCCCUACGCAG